GUUCUUGUUGAAUUGUUUCGACGAUAUAAAGAUUGAAGUUUAGUUUGCCAUGAAAGAAUUUUUCCCUUUUCAUUUCCAAGGAACGAGAUAAGAAGUAGUCGUCAUAGAAUUAGAUUUAAAACAUGAACAGUGGAAAAACUGAGUCGAUAAGCACAUUAAGCGAGCAUGAGGAUGAUCUUGAUGAAUUCGGAGGAUCUAUUAUUUGGUCCCAGGAGGAACCACUUUCACCUAACGAAAUUUUAGAAUUAACACCAAACCCGGAUAAACAAAAUCGAUUAAAAUCUCUGUGUCGUUUAUGCGCGGGAGAAACUCUACAUCCCAUUUACAUUUAUUCCGAAUUCGGUGAAUCUUUGAGACUUUUACAUAAGAUAAACACGUGUUUAAGUAUUAAGGUAAAAAAAACAGAUCCUCUUCCAAAACAACUUUGUCCAACUUGUGUUGAAAAGAUUACUUGGUGCAAUGAAUUUGAUAUUCAAUGUAUCAAAGCAGAAGAAACUCUACUUGAAAUUUUAAAGGAGAAACAUUCUUUUAAUAAUACCAACAAUGAUUUCGAAGAAAAUUGUCAGGAAAAUAUUGAUUCUUGCCCAUUAUGCAUUGAAGGACGAAUGAGAGUUUAUGAAGAGGAUAAACAGAUCAAAAAAGAUGUUGAAUUGUACGAUAGUGAUAUUGUUCUUGAAAGUAGCGAUGAAGAACAAAUUCCUAAUGAAAUUAAAAUUAAUAAAGAAUCAGAAAAUGAAUCUAUAACAUUAUUCUGUUUGGGCAUCAAGCAGAAAUAUUUUAAAUGUGGGGCUUGUAUGAAUUUAUAUCAUACAAAAGAAACUUUAGAUGAGCAUAAAUGUAAACCUAAUUUGCAAUGUACUUCUAAGCCUUAUAAGUGUGAUAUCUGCUUUGCAACUUUUACAUUUGAAGAACGACUGCAGUUUCAUCAACAUUUUCAUAAAGAUGCAAAAGCAUUGUAUUGUGAAAUUUGCAAAAUUACGUUUGGGAAAGAAAUAAAAUUAUUUUAUCAUUACAAAAGAUAUCAUUGUAAAGAUGGCAGAGUAUCCUGUUUACAGUGUGGAAAAUUAUUUGAAAAUCAAGAAGGAUUAAGAAAACAUAUUUGCAUGGAUGGAAAAACAAGACCUCAUGUAUGUGAAGUGUGUUCCAAGGGAUUUUGUGAUGGUUAUACUUUAAAACGUCAUGUGGUAACUCAUCUUCCGGAAAAGCCAUAUAAAUGUCCAGAAUGUUCAAAAAGUUUCACACAGAAGUCUAGACUAAAUAAACAUGUGGCUGGGCACAGCAUCAUUUUUGAAAAUAGUCAAACUAUUUGGAGGUGUAUUCGUUGUGGUGAAGUCUUUGAAAAUGGUGAAUCUGUGGAUGAACAUUGUAAAAAGCAUGAGGAGAAAAUUAAUCUUAUAGAAGAGCUGCAAGUAUUGAAGCUAUAUCAUUGUGAAUUCUGUAGCAGCCACUUUGCAGAUAUGGAUCAUUUAAAGAGUCACAGAGAAUCACAUGUUAUUGAAACACCAUACUCUUGCAAUCAUUGUAAUUCUACAUUCAAAUCUUUUGCUGAAGCUGUUCUUCACUGGAAAGAACAUCCAAGAAUAUUCAAAGUGUUAGUAGUAUUUUUGUGUGAAAUAUGUGACAGAGAUGUUAAAGAACUAUCUUUGCUUUAUAAGCAUAAACAAAAAAGGCAUCAACCAGUGCCUAGAAAAUCAGAAAAAAACAAAGAGAAAUUCAUUUGUGAACUUUGUGGAAGUAUCUUUGCUGGUAUUGAAGAUUUUCAAGAACAUGGAAAAUAUAGAUGUUCUAAAUUUCCAUGUGAUAUAUGUGGUAAUUUGUUGCCAACUGCAAAUUCUCUGAAUGCACAUAAAAGAAGACACAGUGGACUACGACCGUAUGUUUGUAAUAUUUGUGGUAAAAGUUAUACUCAAUCUAGUCACAUGUGGACCCAUAAAAGAUUUCACAUGGGAGUAAAACCUUAUGCCUGUGAAUAUUGUGACCAGAGAUUCACAAUAAAGCCAGAUUUAGCAGAUCAUACUAGAAAGAAACAUACAAGAGAACGACCAUUCAAAUGUGAUGUAUGCAAUAAAGCUUUCUUAACUGGUUCUGUCUUUUAUCAACAUAGAUUAAUACAUAGGGGAGAUCGUAGAUACAAGUGCAAUUAUUGUGAGAAAGCAUUUACCAGAACAGAAGCUUUAAACAAUCAUAUCAAAAUUCACACUGGUGAAAAACCACAUGCCUGUGAUGUGUGUGGAAGAUGUUUCAGGCAAAAAGGAGAUAUGAGAAAGCAUAGGCGAACGCAACAUAUUGCCAAACAAGAUACAAAAUAGGUUAAGCUAAAACAAUUGUUGAAUACGUCAUAUAAACAUUUAAAUAUUUCAUUGGAAUCCUUUGUUAUAAUUGAUAGUUUUCAUAAAUAUUAU